AUGCAUAUAAAAAUAGUUCAAUAAUGCUUAGCUUCUUUUCUUGUGGAUAAGGAUGAAUCGCCUAUUUUAAGACUUUUAGCACUCAAAGUAUGAAUCUAACCAUAAAUUUAUGUGUAGUUCAAUAAGGAAUUAGCAGAGACAUUUAAUGAGGAUUAUAUUCAUCUUAUGUAAAAAAUUGUUCUCCCAAAAAUGGAAUAGAUUGCACUAUUCAAAAAAGAGUCAUAAGAUAGUGAUAGAGGAAAAUUGUUCUUUUUAGGCUAACAGAAACCUCAUUAAGGUAUGUAGAGUACAAAAGUAGUUAAGGCAACCAAGAAUUACAGGCAUUAGGAGAUUAAUUCUUUAGAGUGACACUAGAAUGUAUUAGAAUCUGGGGUAGAUGGUUUCCAUUAGAUAAAUAACAUCAUAGACUUAGUUUAUAUCGUGUUGCUUAUGAGAGAUUAUAUAAAAUUGGAGUUAAUUUUCCAGAAAUCCAAUAUUUUGAUCUUCAUUAAGUUCAUACUAAUUUACCUUCUACAUUUCCACCUCUUUCCAUGAUGUUACAAUUAAAAAAAGUAAUGAGUAUCCAUCUUCAUUCAACAACAAAAGAAAUAUGUAGAUAUUUGGAAUCUCAUUUACCUGAAGAAUUUCAUUAAACUUAAUAUUCAUCAUUUGCAGAAUUAUUUUAAACCAUUGUCAAAAAACAUAUACUUAACAAAAAUAGAUAGGCAAAAAUUGCAAAUAUAUUUUUGGUAAAAGAAUAGAAACUUUAAGAAAGUAAAAAAUAAGAAAGCAGUUAAGAAUAGAAUUAAAUCUAAAGAUUAUAAAUUGAAAAUUAGUAACUUUAAUCUCUUAAUAAUAUGCAUCAAUAAAAAAUGUAAGAAUUAUAAUAAUAAAUUAUUCAAACUUAAAAUUAAAAUUCCCUUUUGUAACAAUAGCUUAAAGAUAAAGAAUUAUUAAUUUAAAAAUUAGAAAAUGAAUGGAAAAAAAUAGAAAAAAAAUUUGUAUCUUUACUUGAAGAAUAUAAAAAAACUCAUGAUUCAAAAAAUCCUUACAUUCUGGCUUAAUUUGAAAAAAAUGUAUAAAAUAUAAAAUAAUUAUAUAUUAGUUAGCAGAAUAUAAAAUUGAAUUUGGUUUAACUUAUAGGGAAGUUGAUUGUUUUAAAUUAAGAGCAGAAAAUGAAUACCUAUUGAAAUAAUUAGAAGAACAAGAAGAUUUAUAUUAAAAAAUUAAACAUGAAAAAUAAGUUUUAUAUACAGAAAAUAAGUUAUUAACUACAAAAUUAUCAAAAUUAUCAUCAAAUUCAAUAAAUGAAAAUAAAAUAGAAUCAGAAAUACCUUAAGAUAUUGAAGAAUUUAAAUUUUACAAAUAAAAAUCAAAUCUUGUUUAAUAUGAAUAAACAAUGAUUUGUUAAAAGAGAUAAAUAACAUAAUUAAAAGAUCAAUUACUUUAAUUGAAUGAUAAAAAAAAUAGUGUUACAAGUUAAACAUGGGGUGUAAGUACAAAAUCUAAUUCUAGAAGAAAUAUUAAUGAAUUAUAGGCAUAUAAUAUUUAAUAAUCUAAAUAAUCUGAAAUUUAGAAAAGUCCUUAUAGAUAAUCCAAAAUUAUAAUGCCACCUAUUUUAGAUUAUGAUGCAACCAUAUUUGCUAUUAAUCCUAUUAUUUUUAAUACUAGAUUUAGAUAAGCCUGUUUUACAUAAAAAUCUAUUAUUCAUUAAGAUGAUAAAAUAUAAAUUAAUACAAACACUUAAUUAAAAAUAACAACUUUAUUUAUAACACUUAUUAUAACAAAUAAAUCAUCAAUUAAAUUAAAAAAUUUAAGUCUAAAAUUAUAAAAUACAGAAUAGUUGCAGGUUUAAAUUUUAAAUAAUUUAAAUCAUAUCAUGAAUCCUGAAGAAAGCUAAAUAAUAUAAAUUUAAAUUGAAAUUAAAGAAAUACCAUAUUCGAUUUUGGAAGCUUCACUUAUAUACAUGGAUGAAAUUAUUUAAUUUGGAAUUCCUUGUACAAUCAAUAAAUUUAUGACAUUCAAUUCUUGUUAAUAAUUACCUACAUCUUAUUUCUAUCAAAGCAAACCUUUUCUAACUGGGUUCUAGAGUUCUAUACCUAAUCUUCUCUCUGAAUUUGAGAUAGUUAGUUAAUCUGAUAAUGAAGUAUCUGUGUUAGCAUAGGUAGAAUAUUAAAAUGAAGAAUAUGAAAUUAUGAUAUCUUGUAGAAAGUCAAUGAUGUAAAUAAAAAUGAAUGGCGGAUAUAAUGAUAAACUUGUUAAGACAAUCAUAUCUACUUACUAGGGCUUAUUUUUGAAAAGGUGA